AUGAAAAACUGCACCAGGGUUAGAGAAUUUAUUUUCCUUGGCCUAACCACAGAUCAAGAACUGAGCUGGUUCCUGUUUCUUCUCCUGCUUCUGCUGUACGUGUCAACCCUGCUGGGAAACCUCUUCAUCAUGCUCACGGUGACCUGGGAGGCUCGCCUCCACACCCCCAUGUACUUCCUGCUCCGUAACUUGUCUAUUGCCGACAUCUGCUUCUCCUCCAUCACAGCUCCCAAGGUGCUGGUGGACCUUCUCUCUGACACAAAGACCAUCUCCUUCAAUGGCUGCCUCACUCAGAUGUUUUUCUUCCACCUCAUCGGAGGUGUGGAUGUGUCUUCUCUGUCACUGAUGGCCUUUGACCGCUACGUGGCCAUCUCCAGGCCCCUGCACUACGUGACCAUCAUGAGCAGAGGUGUUUGCACUGGGUUAAUAGCGGCCUCCUGGUUAGCAGGUUUUGUCCACUCCAUCGUGCAGAUCGCCCUCUUGCUCCCACUCCCCUUCUGUGGGCCCAACAUUCUCGACACUUUCUACUGCGAUGUCCAGCAGGUCCUCCAACUCGCCUCUACAGACAUUUUUGUUCUUGAAAUGCUGAUGAUUUCCAACAAUGGGCUGCUCACCACACUGUGGUUUUUCUUGCUCCUGGUGUCCUACUUGGUCAUAUUUUUAUUAAUAAGAGCUCAAACAGGUGAGGGCAGGAGGAAAGCCAUCUCCACCUGCACCUCCCACAUCACCGUGGUGACCCUGCACUUUGUGCCCUGCAUCUACGUCUAUGCCCGGCCCUUCACCGCCCUCCCCACGGAUAAGCCCAUCCACGUCACCUUCACGGUCAUCUCCCCUCUGCUCAACCCCCUGAUCUACACCCUGAGGAACCAGGAGAUGAAGUCGGCCAUGCGGAGACUCAGGAAAAGACUUGGACCUUCGGACACAAUGGGCCAGUAG